UUCGCUUUCAUUUCUGGUAUAGCGGGCGGGGGAUCCGUCCCGCAGGAUGUGGGGGUCGGAGGUAGAGGUGCGGGCCCUGCCCCUCGACCUCCCGGACGAGCUGCUGCUCCUCUACUUCGAGAGCCGGAGGCGGUCGGGCGGGGGCCCGCUGCGGGGCUGGCGGCGCCGAGGGCCCGGGGCCACGCUCAGCUUCCGGGACCCGGAGGCUGCAGCCCGCGUGCUCUCCCGGGACGAUCACGUUCUGCAGGGCGUCUCCCUGGUCCUCCGCCCCGGUGCCCCCCGAGACCCGCGACGGCUGCUGCUGCAGGGGCUGGAGCCCGGCACCGCGCCCGACCUGCUGGAGCUGUACGUGGAGGCCCUCCUGGGCGGGGGCAGUUCCGACCCCGGGCACGCCGGGCGGGACCGCGAGCCCUGCGUGGUCUUCCCCGGCCCCUGCCCCGACCAGGCCCUGGUGCAGCUGCCCGUCCCGCUGCUGGACACGGAGUUCGACGACCUGGUAGCGCGGGCGAGCCGGCGACCCCUGGCAGGUGCCCCGGUGACGGUGGCGUGGGUGCCCCGGCCCCUGGCGGUGCGGGUGCAGCCGCUGGACGGCGGCACCCUCGACACGGAGCUGUUGGAACUCUAUUUCGAGAGCACACGACGCAGCGGGGGUGGCCCCCUGGAGGGCCUGCGGCCGCUGCCCGGGCAGCAGGGCAUCGUUGUCUCCUUCCGGCACUGGGAUGUGGCGGAGCGAGUGCUACAGAAGAGUCACCGGCUCCAGGGCUCGGAGCUGGGCGUGACCCCCCACUACGACUUUCUGGAGCCCGAUGAUAAGGACGGAGCCCCGGAGAGUCAGGAGAGUGGACCGGCGGAACCGGAGAACUCGGACCUCGAGGGGCGGAGGGUGACCCGGGGACAGGAGGCUCCGCGGAGCCCCGCGGUGGCCGGUGGGCCCGCCCCGGGGAGCCCGGCCGCGAUGGGCCCCCCGGGACCGGUGGACGCGUUGCCGCUCCCGGGGCCUCCGGUGUCGGUGGGUCCGAAGGGGACACCCGAGAGCCCGGCCGGGGCCCUCUCAGAGCUUCUGACCGAGCCCCAGCCAGAACCCCUGCCCCAGGAAGCGCCGGUGGGGCUGGCCGAAGCGGUGGUCCCCGAGGAGCCCCUGGAGCCGGCGGAGGUCCUGGUGCCCAUGGAGCCGGGUGCCCUGCGCUAUCUGCAGCUCCAUCACCAGGACCUGCUCACCGGCCUCCGGGACGUCGUCCUCUGCCCCCUCGACGCCUCCGACGUCGCUGGCUUCCGGGUGAGCGACUCCCCGCUUGUCCCCUCCCUCUCCCGCCUAGGACCGUCCCUCCCCCACUGCCCCUUCCCCUAUGCCCCCGGUUUCCAUUCACCCUCGUUCCCCCCGACUCUCCCCUCCCAGCUCAGCGGAGAGGCCCGAGCGUGCCGGGCGGCCGAGGAGUUCCUGCAGAGCCUGCUGGGCAGCGUUGGGUGCCAGACGCUGCCCCUGACCCUUCCGGGCAGCGCCCGGUUCUUGCUGAGCACGGAGGGCCAGACCCUUCUGCGGGAUCUGGAGGUUUGUUUUCAGUGCGCCAUCGGGACCGAGCGGCUGACCUGGAGCCCCCCGGACGCUGAGCUGGAGCCUCUGGAGCCACCCCUCGGACGGACCCCGGACGGCCUGCCCCGGAACGCCGGGGUUGGGGAUCCCGACUGCUUGGAGGAGAUCAAGGCCCUGCUGGCCGUCCUGGAAGGACCGGGGGAGGAGGAGGAGGAGGAGGAGGCCCUUGCCACUCGGCCCCCACGGUGGGCGGCGAAGCCGGAGGUGGAGGAGGAGCGGUGCCGAACAGAUCAGCCCCCGGAGCCGUUGGCGCACCCGGGCCGGGGGGCUCCGGGAGAGAAGGAGGAGGAUGGGGAAGCGGAAGACGAGGCAGCGGAGCGGGCCCUGGCUGAGGCCAGGCAACAGUCUCUGGCCUCGUUUCGGAGAGAGCAGAACCUGGACGAAGAGGCGGCCCUGCUCCUGGCCCUGCAGCGGUCCCUGGAGCCACAGGAGCGGGAGCAGGAGGACUUGGAGCGGGCGCUGGCCCUCUCCCUUUUGGAGGUGAGGGGCGCGGAGCGGGACCCCGCCCUGGGACGGCUCCUCGUCCACGUUGCCUUCGAACAGGAUCUGGGGGAGCUGGAGGCGGCGCUGGAGGAGGCCCUGAAGGCCCACCUGAGCCAGGAGGUCGUGGUGGGCGUGGAGCCGCAGGCUCUGCCCGAGGGGCUCUUCGCCCGCCUGGAGCGGCACUACGGGGUCAGCGUCGCCCUGAGCGGGGACGUGGCCACUCUCCGCGGCUUCGGCCCGCAACCGGCCCGGGCCGCCCGCCGCCUCGCCGCCCACCUGGGGCUCGAUCUGCCCCGGGCCUUGGCCCAGGCCCCGAGCCGGGAUGCCCCCUCCCCAUCUCCGUACCCGAGUUCCGCCGGGCCCUCGGCUGGCCUGCUGCUCACGGCGGACGUAGGAGAAGGGGAGGUGAGGCUGGAGCCACUGGAAGAGAGUGGAGAGGAGUUCCAGCAGAUAACCCGGGAUUUCUAUGGUUCACUGGAUGACGUCCGCGAGAUCCGCGUCGUCAAGGUGGAGCGCCUGCUGCACCCCCUGUUGCAACGGCAGUACGAGCUGCAGCGGCAGCGGCUGGAGAGGCUGUGCCCUCGCCGGCCCGUGGAGCGGACGUUGUACCACGGCACCUCGGCCCAGGCCGUGCCCGAGAUCUGCCUGCACGGGUUCAGCCGCAACUUCUGUGGGCUCAAUGCGGCUCUGUACGGGCAGGGCGUGUACUUCGCGGUGCAGGCGGGACUCUCCGUUCAGGACCGGUAUUCGCCCUGCGACGCUCAGGGACACAAGGCCGUAUUCGUGGCCCGGGUUCUGACGGGCGAGUACACGGCGGGCAAACCGGGGCUACGGGCACCGCCCCUGCGCCGGGCGACAGGGAACGCCCCCCUCCGCUACGACAGCGUGGUCGACUGCCCUCGUCAACCCUCCAUCUUCGUCAUCUUCCACGACACCAGGCGGUGCCCCGCCUUCCUCAUCACCUGCCAGCGGCGGCCUUCCCCGCCCUCGGGGCCUGGCCGUCCCGAAGCGGACCCCGCUUCUUAGGUGCCUCCCCGGGCCUGCCGCCCUCGGCGGGCCCGAGCCCCCUCUGGGAGCGGGAAUGGGAGCAGGGGAUUCCGAGGCCGGCUGGGGGAUGGGGCCGGCCCGGCCGGGGUCAGUCGGUCAGCCGCGUUAACGGGUGCAGAGCACUGUACUGAGCACUCGGGAGAGUCCGAUAGAACGAUACACAGACACCUUCCCUGCCCACGACGGGCUUACGGUCUGGAGGGGGGAGACGGAUGUGAAGAUAAGUAAAUUACAGAUACGUACGUGAGUGCUGGGGGGCUUGGAGGGCGACUGGAUCAAGGGAGCAUUGCAGCGGGAUGCAGAAGAGGGUGUGAGAAGAGGGAAGGAGGGCUCAAUCGGGGAAUGAUAAUAAUGAUGGUGUUUGUGAAGCGCUGUCU